AUGGGUGCAGUGAAUUCACAGGCUCAGGAGGGACAGGGCAUGGAGGAGAAGGAUAACAAUAACGGCACGGCACCCGAAGGGCACACAAUACGCUGUGAGGGGUGGACGAUAGAGAAGCCCAUUCGCUCGUGGUCGGCAUCGGCAAUGGUAUACGUGGAUAAUGUGAUGGUGCCGCCGCCGGGCCCGGGACAGGUGCGUGUGAAGAUAUACGCUGCCUCUGUAAACCCCGUCGAUGUAAAGCGUCCCAGGUUUGGUCGCAACAAUGGCUUCUUCUCCUGGUGUAAUGAAAAUUUUGGAAAGGUUGGUAAAAACAGCAACAGCAACAUUGGUGGUGGUGUUAGUGAGAUUGUCUCUACAUCCACGCGACAUGAGCCACCCGAGUUUCCUUUCCCCUAUGUGAUGGGCACAGAAGGUGCUGGUGUCGUCGAGAGUGUUGGCUGGGACAAUGAUGACAUGGAGCAACGCGAGCGGUACGGUCUACAGGUGGGUGAUCGCGUCGCCUUCCUUGCGGACAUUACAAUGACAAACGGUGGGACAUUCUGCCAAUAUGCAUUGGCGAUGGCCGAUGCGGUUGGAAGGAUCCCAUCGCCUACAACUGAUGAUGUGAUUGGCUUUGUGGAGGCCGCUGUGAUGCCGUGUGCUGUGGGGACGGCGUAUGUCGCGCUGUUUGACAAGCUGCGUGUCUCGUCUGGGCGUAGUAUAUUCAUCAGCGGUGCGUCAGGUGGCAUUGGCUCUGCGGCGGUGCAACUGGCCAAGUACGCUGGAAUGUACGUGUUAGCGUCCUGCUCUACCGUUAACGUCGCCUAUGUGAAGUCGCUGGGAGCAGACUAUGUCUUUGAUUAUACUGCCUCAGAUGUCGUAGGUGAGUGCCUUGCCCAUACGAGGGGAUUUGGCGUUGACUACGUGCUGGAGGUUGCCGAUGCCGCGUUGGCGGUGCAUCACGCAGACGCCCUGCGAUUUGGUGGCUCUAUCUGCGUUCUUCCUGAGCAUAUGCCAAUAUCCAGUGAGGUGUUCUUCCGCCGGCAGCUGUCGAUAGGUUACGUCUGCCUUGCUGGGCUGCACGCCGACCCCCUCACACGCGGCAACCUCCGACACGUGGUGGAAACGUGCAUGAAACUCUACCAGCUAGGUGCCUUUCAACUGCAGCUGGAGACUGUGCCCGUGGAGCGUGCCGACACCGCAUUGGACAUCAUUUCCACGGGACACACGCGUGGGAAAAUUGUGCUGACAAUUUUCCACCCCGACGAAAUGCCAUAUGGCGAUGAUAUGAUGGGCACCCGCCGCCGGAAACACGCAAAGGUGCAGUCAGGGCAGGCGGCACCGGCGGUGUCAAUUCAGACCGCCGCUCCCCCGCCAGCGCAGUGA